AUGCCUCCUCAUGUGCCGCGCAAACGACUACGAAAUAGUACCCCUCCCCUUGAAAAUGAGAUUAAAAUAAAGCAGAAGAGCGGGCAAAAGAAUAUCGCCGUGCCACCGCGCAAGUCGACGCUCUUCGAUGACCUCGAUGCGGGCUCAACCCCGCAGUCAUCGACACGGAAUGCGUCAUCGAAUUUGGAAAUAGAGGAUAGUGAUGACGACGAAAGCUCUUUGACGUCACUAUCCGAUGCCGACUUCGAGGAUGCCCCAUCCGCCAAGCGACGGAAAACCCAGGCGGCGGUUGACGAGGUGGACGAUGACGACGAAGACGACGAAGACGAUGAGGAUAUCCAAUUCGAAGAUGUCGAGACUCCGCAAGCGGCGUUUACGAAUGUUCCGAUCCCUACCGGCGAUCUCGAAUUAACAUUGAUCAGGGACACCAGGAUAUCCUUGGCGAAUGCAUUGGGGAAGAAGGGUCCGUCAAAGUUGGAGCGGAAGAUACGGUUUGCCACGCAUUGUGCGCAUGUUCAGUUUUUGAUGUGGCAUAACGCUCUCCGAAACUCCUGGCUAUGCGAUCCGACAGUUCAAGGCAUUCUGUUGUCUCAUCUCCCGCCGAGGUUAUGGGCCGAGGUGGACCGUUGGAGGAACAACAGCGGGUUGGAGGUGCGGGAAGAGGCGCCUCAAAGUGGCAAGCCGCACAAGAACCCAAAGGGCAAAGGGAAGGGCCCAGCGCGAAAGGGCCGGGACUGGUCCGCGGCAUCGGAACGUCUUGAAAAAGGCGCUGUGGACAUGAGCCAUGGCGAUCCUUUGUUCAGACUGAUGAAGUAUCUCGCCGCUUGGUGGAAACAGCGGUUUCGCAUCACCGCUCCUGGGUUACGAAAGUGGGGGUACAUGUCCUUGGAGAGGCUUGACCGUCUGACGAAGGCUUUUCAGAGCGAUGAACAUGACCAGGAGAGAUUCGGGGAACGGGUCCGGGAUAUUGAUGAGUUCCGGCUGUGCGCGCAGGAAUGCACCGGCAGCCGGGACGUCGGAGCCCAACUCUUCACCGGGUUACUCAGGGCGCUGGGCUUGGAAGCUCGCUUGGUUGCCAACAUCCAGCCGUUGGGUUUCGGGUGGAACAAACUGGAAGAAGCGGAUCCUGAGAAGGAAGGCUUCAGCUACGGUCAUACUCCCAAAAAGGAACCUGCUCAACGAAAGUUAGAUACUACGCGGGCCGAUGCGACGAAGACCGUGAGGAGUACCGCCCAGAGUCGUGGUUCAAAGCGACAAACUAAAGCGCAGCUAGAAGAUCCGUCCGAUUCUGAGCUGGCGGUUGACGACAGUGACGACGACUUGGCCAUUCAUAUUCCGCAAGCACCACAGAAGAGGGGAAAGAUUUACGAUGCCGACCUGGAGUUUCCUCAUUACUGGACCGAGGUGUUGUCACCGGUGACGAACAAAUAUCUCGUCAUCGACCCGAUCGUCAAGGCUGUAAUUGCCACAAAUCGAGAACUCGUCGAGUCGCUUGAGCCUCGUGUCAAGCGGUACGACCAGUUCGACUGGUUUAGAUCCGUCAUGAACGGCUACGCCCGAGGCGAUCGGAAGCACCCAAUUACCGAAGUCGACGAUGACGAGGACGCCGCGGACUUGAAACCCGCAAAACCCGAGAAGAAAGAAGUUAAAGAAGGCGAAGAAACCCUCCAAUACUAUAAACAAUCCAAGGACUUUGUUCUUGCACGACACCUCAAGCGCGAAGAAGCCUUGCUCCCGGGCGCCCAGCCAGUCAAGACCUUUAAAAACAAGGGCAAGGCCGCCGAAGAAGAGCCCGUGUACGCACGGGCGGACGUUGUCCAGGUAAAGAGCGCCGAAACCUGGCACAAGCAGGGCCGGGCGCCGAAAUCGGGCGAGCAGCCCCUCAAGCGUGUCCCUUACCGGGCGGCAACGACCAACCGCCGCCGCGAGAUUGCCGAGGCCGAGGCCGCCACCGGCGAGAAGGUGCUCCAGGGCCUGUACGGCUUCGACCAAACCGACUGGAUCAUUCCGCCGCCCAUCGAGAACGGCGUCAUCCCCAAGAACGAGUAUGGCAACAUCGACCUGUUUGCCGAGCACAUGUGCCCCGAGGGUGCCUUGCACGUGCCCUUCCGCGGCGCGAUGCGCGUGGCCAAAAAGAUGGGGAUCGACUUUGCUGAGGCGGUGGUGGACUUUGAGUUUGGCCACCGCAUGGCUGUACCGGUUAUUCAGGGGGUAGUUAUCGCAGAGGAGCAUCAUGACCAGUUGAUGGAGCUAUUGGCCAAGGAUGAGGAGGAGAAGAAGAGAAAAGAGGACGAAAAGAGGCGGAAGGUCGCGCUGGGGAUGUGGAGGAGGUUCGUUAUGGGACUGCGAAUCGUGGAUAGGAUCAGACAGGACUAUGGACAGGUGGGAGAGGACGUGGAUGUUUUUGGACGAGGGAACAGUGGGCAGGUUCAGAGAGAUCGGGAGGAGAUGGAUGCCACUCCUGGGUCGGGAGAAGACGAGGACAUGGCGGGGGGUUUUUUACCAGAGGGGUACGAAGAGGAGGAGGAGCGGGCGGCUAACCUGACCUCGGGGUUCUUUCCUGUCGUCGACGAGGAGGAAGACGGGGAGGACGACAUGGGAGUGCUCGAGGUUGACCAUGGGGAGGCCGCGCAUAAGCCGGUAGCUGGGCCAGCCAAGCCAGUCCCACGCACGAAGCCGAAGCCCGAGACGGCUGCUAAAGCUAAAACAUACGCGCCUGGUCGCAAAAGUCGCCGGCCCAAUGUUCUGAGGAGAGAGGAGGAAGAGGGGGGAGAGGGUGAUGAGGAAGCUGACUCGGGUCUAUGA